AUGCCCGAGCCCACCCGGGAACGGAAACGGACCGGUUCGGCUCACCGCUGCCCCUCAGCGCCUCGUGGCAUCCAACUCGCUCGCCUCCCGGUGAACCAGCAAACGUCCCCUUCCAACCCUAGCCCUGCACCGUCCCCCAGCCGCUUAAAAGCCCCCGCAACAGCAGUGCAAUGCUGCUCGGAGCUGCUCGGAGGGGCUCGGAGGGGCUCGGAGCUGCUCGGAGCGGCUCGGAAGGACUCGGAGCGGCUCGGAAUGGCACGAAAGCGGCUCGGAGCGGCAUGGAAGCGGCUCGGAGCGACCGGCUCGGAGCUGCUCAGAAGGGCUCAGAAUGACUUGGAGGGGCUCGAAGCUGCUUGGAAGGACUUGGAGCGGCACGAAAGCGGCGCGGAACUUCUCCGAGGUUCUCGGAGCGGCUCGGUGGGGCUCAGAACGACUCGCAGCGGCUCGGAGCUACUUGGAGGGACUCGGAGUGGCGCGAAAGCGGCUCGGAGCGGCUCGGAGCUUCUCCGAGGGGCUCGGAACGACUCGCAGCAGCUGGGAGCUACUCGGAAGGGCUCGGAGCAGCUCGGAGGGGCUCGGAGCUGCUUGGAGCAAUUCGCAGCGGCUCGGAGCUCCUCGGAAGGGCUCGGAGAGACUCGGAGCGGCUUGGAGUUGCUCGGAGGGGCUCGGAGCGACUCGCAGCAGCUCGGGGAUUCUCGAUCGCGUUACCGUUCAACAAAGGUAAACGCCGGCUUCUACAUCUGGCUCGGAGCGACGCCGGCCAGCUUGGCAGCUGGGCAGCUGGAGAGCCGCUCAGAAACAGCACUCGCCGUCCUCACCGCACAGCGGCACUUCCCGCUCCCACGGCGCCGCUCCUCGCGCCGCCUGCCUCCCUUCAGCGCUCCGUUCCGGGUUUGCCUCCCGCUCGCGAAAUCCGCAGCGCGAGGAGCUGGUGCCGCUUACGGCACAACACGCUGCGAUGCAAGAGCACGCCUGAAAGCACCGACGCCGCAACCCGAUAACGCAACCCGUACAAAGCGGCGCGUGACGGCGCGGAGGCGUGUCCAGGGGGCGGGCGGGGCCUCCCGGGGCACGGAGCUGCGCUCGGCGUCCUGCGCCCCGCCCCCGAGGAGCGCCGCGCGCUGCGGAAGGGCGCGCGGAGGCGGAAGGUGGCGAGGCGGGGCGCCGCCGCAGGAAACCUCCGAGCGGUGCCGGUGUUCGGCGGCCAUGGUGCGGCUUUACAACUUGCACCCGUUCGGGUCGCAGAGAGUAGUGCCCUGCAAGCAGGAGCCGGCGCAGUUCUGCCGCGGCCGCGACGUGCUGUUCGCGGCCAGCGCGGCGGCCAGCUGCGGGGUGGAGGUGUUCGCCGUACGCCGCGAGGGCCGCUGCGAGCCCUUGGGCUCCUUCGCCACCCUGGGCCCCGUGCUGCGCAUGGCGCACAGCCGUGCAGGUCAGUGCCGGGCGGGUGGCCUCUGCGAGCGCGGAGCCCGGAGCUGCUGCCUGGCCGCGGCGUCUCCUCUGAGAAGAGCGCUGCUCUUACAGUGGGCCCCCGUCGAAGUAGCGUCGGAGCUCUGGAGCCGUGUGUUUUCCUUUAACAGAGACUAUUUGGUGACGAUUGAAGAGAAAAGCAAAGCAACUUUCCUAAGAGCUUAUGUGAACUGGCGAUGCAUGUCUGCAGGCAGUUCUCGUGUUUGUGUCCGGAUGGUGGGUCACAAGAUGGAGGAGUCGUACACCGAAACCUUAAAAGAGCAGAUGUCGAUAGUGGAAAUGGCACUUUCAGAUCCUCCGCUGUGUAUUUCAUGUUGUCCUGUAAAUGGAGAUCUUCUUGUGCGCUGCAGGAAUAAGCUAGUCAUGUUCUGUUUGAAAUACCUGGUCAUAAACCAGACUUUGACAGUAUUAGACUUUGAACGCUCCUUGAUUUUACACACUGAUAACUUCAUUCCUGCCGAAGUUGCAUUUUGCGCUAGGCACAUAGCGAUAACAACAGAGUUGGAUGUUCUAAUCCUGAAACUGGACCUGGUCCAGCAUAGUGCAGACAGGGGAGAGCAAUGCUGGUGUCUUCUGGUGAGCUCAACCCAAGGGCAUUUUACACCAGACCAGUCCCCUUUUGGCUUUUGUGAAGAGACGAAGCUGCACCCUGUUCAGUUCCUCCCUGUUUACCAGGCAGGGAGUUCUAUGACAGCAAAUGAGGAAACUGAGAAGAGAGAACUACUGAGUCUCUUCUGCUUUUUUUCUUUGCCUCAUGUUGGAUAUCUCUACUCUGUUGGGAAGUUAGUAGAACUGAUUUCUACUUACCAGUGCUCGGAGAGGUCAGAGCAGGCAGUUCUUACUCCACAGUUCCUGCAUGUCAUUACAAGUGAGAGCCUGCAGUGUUACACAGUGCGGUGCAGUGCAGCAGCAGCUCGUGAUGAAGAUCCAUGCAUUGAUACAACUGUGAAGGUUUGGUUCAAGUACUGAAGCGGUGCAUUUUCUGGGAAGCACAAAGCCAUGGAACUAUACGUAUGACUCCAGAACAAAAAGUGUAGAAGGCAAUAUCAAUGACCCUAAAAUUGUUCACCCAGAAUUCCUCAACAUGUGGUGGGACACCUAUACAGUUAAUAUUUUACCCUUACUAGAACAGAAAGAAGUUGAUGAAGAAAAUACCACAAGUGCAAACCUGGAAAGCUGCACAGUCCCUGCUUGUUGGUGAUGCUUGGUGCUAUGCAUGAGAACAUCUACUUGGUUGCCCUCUUAUGUGGCCUGUUGCUUGCUUAAAGUAUGCAAAAUCUGUCUGUAUUUUUUAGUCUGCCUUUUAUUUUAGGCAGAGGUUACAGAGGCAGUGUCCCAUAUGUCGGUAUCGGCACCACCACCACCAGUAUUACCAACCAUAUCUUCAGAAGAACGCAAGGCUCGGUGGGAACAAGGCCAAGCUGACUAUAUGGGAGUGGAUUCUUUUGAUAACAUCAAGAAGAAACUGGACUCCUACCUUCAGUCGAAGUGCCAUUUUCAAACACUGGCACUACAAGGACUUGUUCCAGAACUAACAGCUAGGAAAGGUUGUAGAUGAUGGACAAUUAUGCUUGCGAGUAGCUUGAUGGAAAAAAUUCUUGGCUGAAGGCCUCUGCAGUGCUACAGAUAAAGACAGUGCUACAGAUAAAGCAAGAGCUAGGAAGCAGAAUUCAUUUUCCUUAUGUUGUGAUCAGCUGGCUCAAUGUAUUCAUUGAAACUGGGUUUGCACCUUAGCUCAUUAAGGUGAUUAGCAGUGACUCCUUUGCUUGCUAUUUUAGGUCUCAAAUGUGAUUUGUGAGAUUGCUCAUACACUAAAUGAUUGCCAUUCUGCUUUACCAUUAGUGAGAGAUAAAAGUAAUAGCACUGCUUUGAUCUUCUAGUCCCAAUUGCACUGAUGUUUUGACCAGGUUUUUACACAUAGUGCCUACAGCGUGGCAGAAUGCAUUUGUUCAGUUCUGUAUUCUUCAGGCUUAGUAAACGGAGUUUUUCUCUUACUUGAAAUCUUCAUGCAAAAAUAAAAACUUGUCAUGCUUUUCUGUUUUUUUUUGUAAACUCUUGAGAAAAUAAAAAAGAGAUCUUUGGAGCAAUCUAAAAUAACCCAACUUUGUUCAUUCCAUUCUAGCUAUCAUUAACAAAUGUCCAGCUUCUAGUUCUGUAAUUUUUAAUGGAGUAUGUAAUCAAGUGCCAGGUUGCUGCUGGAAGAAGUACCUGCAGAAUGGAGCUAAGAGAAUCUGUAUUUUGGUUACUGAAGAACAAUCUGUAACGUGAUACUGUUUUUAAAACAAACAGUAGUGAUGCUAUCUUGGCAAGUAAAGAUGAAGUAGCUGUACCUACACGGGUUAGGAAAACUCUCUCUUCCUUGUGUGCAUGGCCACCAUCAUGCCACGCGCUAUAUUUUGAGACAGAGAAAAGUAGUAAAAGUACAAGACAAAACUCACAGUGACAGCCUUCUGAAGAGAGGGUGGCUGCUGUUUGCCUUUAGUUCAGAUCCAUCCUUUAGCUACAAGUGUAAACAGAACCGAAUUACUUAGCAUUCAGUGUGGUACCUGUAAUCUGUAUUAGUCCAGAGACAUGUAUUUUCUUAUAUCUUUAUAAAGGAGGAUUUUGGCAGGAAGCUAGUAAGGGUUGUUCAGCUUUAAUCCUGGAGAUAAACAAUUAGCAACCUGCUACUGUUUGCUGGUAAGGAGAAGCUAUGAUCUGCAUGUGAGAGUUAAUUGAGGUCCUGGUCAUUGUUCAGCAAAAAAAUGGUAAAAAGGAGGUCCAGGUCAAAGUAACUUACAGCUAUUUAAAAGUUAAUAGCAUUUGAACUCUCAGUCAUAAUGUUACAACUAACCACUUUUUUUUUAUUUAUUUAUUAUUAUUUGAAGUUGUUUGGAAGCAGGAAGAGUUAGUAAUUACAAUCUACAGUGACAAAAUAUACUUUACCCAGCAAGUACAAACACUGAAGUUUGGCAUGCACACAAAU